UUUUUGUGAAAAAAGCGCACGUCCCUUUACCUUCUUCCAUCCGCUUUUAAAUUAAAACCCCAAGAUAAAAAACCCCACCCACCACGCCUCUCGCAUCCCACCUUUUCCCAAACUAUAAAUCUCCUCGUCGAGUGGUUCUUCAUCGAGAAUGGGGUUCUUCCGGAGGAUCGCCGGCUUUCUCGGCCUCGUAAGGGACGAAGCAAACGAGGCCGCUGCCGGCGGCCGCGGAGGCGGCGAGGAGGAGGAGGAGGAUAAGCGGACGGGGAAGAGCUUGCCGCGCAGCCGAGCCAAAGGGUUCAGCGUCCAUGUUCCUGUCACCGUCGAGAGGCCUAGUGUAGGGCCCGUCCUCAUUCCUUGCGGUCCCGGCGAAGGCGGAGUCCAGGGAUUCGGGUGGUACACAAGGAGACUAAGGAUCGAUGAGGAUGGAGACGUGGCAGAUGAAUUCCUGCAUGAGAUCGUGCCUCAGGCUUCCAGCACUGAUAAACAGAUGACACGACCCAGGCUUCAGGUGAAAUACAGUAGCUGGCCCACCGCCCAGGCUAUGAGGAAACAGGUUAUCGCUGUCGAUGGGAACAUCAAGCUGUGCUCGGAGUACCAGGGGAAAUUGCGAUGGGUUUGAGAGGGAAUGCUGCAGGCUUUUGUAACAAAUGCUGCAGGCUUUUGUAAUUCCUGAUGGUCUCUGGUAAUUGGCAUCAUGCAUCAGAGCGCUCUGGAGCCUAGUCUGCACAUGUCAUCAAGGCAUGCUGGGUGGUAGAAUUCUGGUUGCUGUUAUACAAAACUAAUCAAUCAUUUGUGCUGAUAUGCGAUCGCAUUUAGUCCGAUCCAUUAUUCAAACUGCAUUGCGAUUUUCUUCCAUCCAGUUUGAAAAUUGCUAUAGCCGCAAUUCUCAAGAGUUCUGAAGAAGAGAGGAUUCUUGUUUUCUUUUAACUGCUUUUGAUGUUACAAUCGAACAUAUUGUUCAUAUUAGAAUGUAUAAUUUUGAAAAAAA